UGCACCCCCCGACCUGCAGCCCCCCCUCCUGGGGGGCACAUGUGUCCCACUGCAGGCAGGGACUGCCCCCAUCCCCCAGUGUCACCCCAACGUCCCCAUGGUGGCCCCAGAGCCAGCUGGGUGGCGCAAGGCUGUGGUGGUGACAUGUGGCCCUGUCACCCCUAUAAGGGGGACAAUGGGCAGAGCUCCCCAGAGCCUCCAGGUGAGGAUGGGGACAGGGACAUGGAGGGGGACAUCAGAGUGGGCUCAGCCCCUGGCUGCUGGGGUGGGGACCAGAGGUGGGCAUCCCUGAGGCUGGGACCAUGGUGUCAGGGGGACACAAGGGGUCUCUGGGAUGCCAGGAGUACAUGGGAGUGUCACAGGGGAUGGUGGAGGGACAGUGGGGAUAUGGGGUACAGAGGGGCAGGGUGGGAUGAGGGACACAAAGUGGGACUGGGGGUGGCAGAAGGACAGUGGGGACAUGGGGGAUGGCAGAAGGGCCACAGAGAGAACAGAUUGUUACCAAGGGUGGCAGAGGGGCUCUGGACUAUGGUGGGGGGUGGUCAAGGGUGACAGGGCUGAGGCAUCUCCAGAGAAUGCUGGUGGUGUCCUCAGUGUCCCACUGCCAUGUGGCCCUGCCUGCUGCUCGCUCUGGCCCUCCUGGGCACCGUCCCUGCCAGUCACCCUGAAGGACCCCUGGUACCUGUCCUCGGCCCUGCAGCCCCCCGCCAGCUGCAGGGGGUCCCUGCUGCUGAGAGCUCCCCGCUGUACUACACCGUGGUGAAGAAGCUGCGCACCUAUGCCAAAGCCCAGGUGAGGGGAUGGGGGGCGCGGGGGGUGCAGAGGGUACCCAGCACUGCCCGCAGGUGCCCGUGGGCACAGGUGAGUGCCUGGUGCCAGCCCGUGCCCGUCCCACAGCGCUACUGCCAGGACGUGUACCGGGGUCAGCUGGCCUCGGUGCACAGCGCUUCCCGCAACCAGGAGCUGCGCAAACUAGCACGAACCUACAAAAUCAUCAUCUCACCCUGGAUCGGAGCUGUCACCAGCAAAAGGGCAGGGAACUGGGAGUCCUGCUGGGAGGACUCCAGCCCCUGGAACUACGCGAACUGGGCGCCCACCCAACCCUUGCACAUUGUCACCACCUGCACCACCCUCAGUGUCCGAGAUGGGCUCUGGAGAAGCCGCUUCUGCCUCCAGCUGCGCCCCUUCAUCUGCCAGUACUGAGCCCCCAGUGCUGCCAUGGCACCCCAGCUCCUUUCCCAAUAAAGCAGAGGUGCCCUGAGCUGUGUCUGUGUGCACCAUGGGCCUGGGGACAGUGCUGGGGGGUUGUGGGGGCAGCACGGCAAGUGGAGGGGGGCAGCGAUGUUUAUUAUCCCCGACCCCACUGGCACAGCACCCCAAGGCUGCUACAAAAAUGGUGUGCUGGCUGUGGGGCUCAGUGUGGGGUCUCGGCGUGGAUCUCGGUGCUGGGGGGUGCUGCCAGGGGGGCGCCAGCCAUCCCCAGCUCCUUGGCUCGCCGCUGGCACUCGCGGGCCACCACCACAGGGCUGACAAAGGCCACCAGCACCACGGCGAUGAGCCCCAAGUUCAUCUGCAGAGGGGAAGAGUGU